CGAUUGUUGACCAUCGCAUACGCAGUGCGUGUCUGUGAUGGUGGACUUCAGCCUAUGAGGGCGGGCGAAGCCGCUUUCAGGCUUAAAAGUCCUGUUUGUUAACUGUGUUUGGUGUAUAGUUUGACAUCGCAACAAGAAGCAAAGAUGACAGCUGAGAAAAAGAUUUGCUUUAGUAUCUGCAUCUGUCAGAUGACAGCGAUCCUGUCCGGCGUGGCGCUGCUCUACCUCGCCGUGAUCGUCGUGAUCCCGUCCAAGGAUGAACUGGCCCUCAACUUCCACACGACGCCCAUCAUGUGCACGACCAUCACGGCGAAGGACAUCUCGGCGAGCGGCAAGAAGCUGCAGUGCCACUGGUCCACCUGCUCGGAGUGGUGCCUCUCCAAGGGCUCGGGCACCUGCAUGCAGAUUCACGUCAUGGUGAGAAACAACGGCUCGAGGGUCAACUUCAGAGACUGUGUGGAUAUUUCGGACGAAAAUUGCUCGGCCUUGGACGUGAACGCCACGUUCGUCAAGUGGUGCAAGAAAGGCGAGUGCCACGACCUGACGGGGAUGUUCAACUGCACCAAAGACGCCGACAACGGCUGUCGUGACAUCACGCCGGCCUUCGUCUGCACCAACCGCAGGAAGCCCGUGAAAUCCAUCGAGUGCAACGAGGAGCAGUGCAGCGAGCGGCUGGACGGCGUGUUCACCUGCAAGGAGGGCAAGUGCCACCAGCUCAAGGACAUCGGCAAGUACUGGCGCGACUGCGAGCGGAAGUGCACCAAGCUGGAGAUGCGAGAGCGGAACGUCAUCAUCUUCAGCCGCGAGAGGCUCGUGGCGACGGCGUGCUCGUCUAUGGACUCGCCCGACAACAACACCAUCGCGGAGGUGAGCGAAUCGCAGGACUGGCGCGACAAGAAGACGGCCGUCUUCCUCUUCUGCACCUACAUCGAGAAGGUGAACGGCAAGAAGACCUACGACCUGCUCACCUCCGACUGCUUCAACGCCACCAUGGCCACGGCCGAGGAGUUCCAGCACAUGCGGAGCUACAUGGACCUGCUGGCGCUGCACCAGACCCUGGGCAACCGCUCGGAGUGGGUCAUCGAGCCCGAAUCCACGCUCCGCAUCAUGAACAACACUCAACUCCGCAUCAACUCCCAGGGCUGCGUGAACACCCUCAAGAAGGAGUGCACGGCGUUCUUCGAGACCCACGCCCACGAUGGCUUCGACGGCAUCACGCCCGACCGCUACCCCUGCUACUACACCGACCUCAACGGCGAAUUCGUCAUCGGAAAGUUCGACCCCAACAUGACCCGCCUCCACCUGCUGGUCGCCUCCAUCCUGCCCGGCUGCCUCUUCGUCUUCGCCUGCACCUGCCUCUUCAUCUGCUCCAAAUCGGUAGGAGUGGACGACGAGGGCCACUUGCGGGUGACACUUCUCCAAAGCGGGGGCGCAGGAGGUAACGCUAGCGAGCUGUGAGCCAGCCCUCCUCUGUUGUCUCUCUGCUGAUCACAAAUAAGGAACCUGUUCAGUUCGACGAACUAUUGUGACGGUGCACGCGAUCCAGCGACUACACCCUCAUUCCAAACCAGUGAAUCGUCGACAACACCCUUAUCCUUAUCUAGGGAUUUGGUGACUCCAUUCUCACCGUUAACCAACGAUUCGGCAACUGCACCUCUUCUUAUUCCUAUUUUUUAUUUGUCUCUUGCACUGUUUCUUCCUUUUUUUCGGUGAUAAACGAUUGUAUUCUCAGUCGUCACUUCAUCAGGUUGACACACCUCACCGUUGACCGACAUUCUAAUGGCAGUUCUGUUACUCAAUACACUCUCAUCUUCGGACAAAGCAUCUUUCCUCGACCUAAGUACUUUACUUUGAGCUUCUGUCAGCAAUUCUGAGCAACUCCUUCAGGAUUGUUGUGCGUCUUUCCCAUGUCAGAAGUAAGAUCUCCUUUACUUCUCGCUGACGACUCCAUCUGAAUUUCCCAACACUCAUUCUCGAGAAUAUACUGAAGAGGGACGAGGGACUUCGACACUAAGCUGUUUCCACAACCCAGACACCACAAUAAACGAAGACAGCUCAGAGGAUUAAUUUUGAUCUUGUUUUUAGCUGUUGUUUUCAUUAUCGAAUAAAGACAGACGUCCAAUUCUGUAUCUUCUGUGAGCCGGAAAGUAUAGUGAUUUUCACCAUCUAAAGGAAGAAGACCUAUGGUGUAUAGAAGCACGCUUUGAUAAUUCAGACUUCUUAUAAUCAAGAAAACACGUGACUACAAAAUCGGCGUGCUUGAUACGCAUAUUUCAUUUGUAGAAUAUAUAUCGAAUAGAAUUUGCUGUGAGUAGUGAAGUUACAGACUUGCUAAGUCAAGAAUUCCAGUCUCAUUCAUACUCCUUGCUAAUGAGAAGUGACUCUGAUUUCU